UCGCGGGGCAGCGCGAGCUCAGACCAUGAAUUACGUGGGGCAGCUGGCUGGCCAGGUGUUCGUCACGGUCAAGGAACUCUACAAGGGGCUGAACCCAGCCACACUGUCGGGCUGCAUCGACAUCAUUGUUAUUCGCCAGCCCAAUGGCAGCCUCCAGUGCUCGCCCUUCCACGUCCGCUUUGGGAAGAUGGGGGUCCUGCGCUCUCGCGAGAAAGUGGUUGACAUAGAAAUCAACGGGGAGUCUGUGGACUUGCACAUGAAAUUGGGAGAUAAUGGAGAAGCGUUUUUUGUUCAAGAGACCGAUAAUGAUCAGGAGGUGAUCCCCAUGCACUUGGCCACCUCUCCCAUCCUGUCAGAAGGAGCCUCAAGAAUGGAAUGUCAGCUCAAGAGGAGCCCCCCGGACAGAAUGAGAGGCCUGGACUCGAACGUGCCAGCCCCGGCCUUGACUCCCAGUGAUACCCCCUCGAGCGGCUCAUUAGGAAAGAAGAGGAGAAAGAGGAGGCGCAAGUCCCAGCUGGACAGCCUGAAACGGGAGGACGCCGCCAACACGUCCGAGGAUGAGGACAUGUUUCCCAUAGAGAUGAGCUCUGACGAGGAUGAAGAGCUGCUGGACAGCAGUCGGUCAGUUCCUCAUGACGUGCCUCCAUUCCAAGAUGAUAUUCCAGAGACAAAGCGCACCUCGGUGUCUCCUUACCCGCAGUCCGCGUCGUACCCUAAUUCAGACAGAGAGUGGUCACCCCACCCCAGGUCUGUGGAUAAACUCUUAGAGGGAAAAGCAGCAGUUAAGGAAGAAGAUAGUAUGGAGUAUUUAGAAACCACUAACAGUAGCCCGGUGGCUUGCAGGACGCCCCCUCACCUGGCAGUGGCGGCCGAGGGAGGCCUGUCUACGUCCUGCCCUGCACAGUCUUCCCAUGGCCAUGCUCCUGAAAGCCCGUCAAGUUCCCGGCCUUCAACACCCAAAAGCGACUCAGAGCUGGUCAGCAAGUCUGUGGACAGGACGCUGCAGAAGAGCAACCUGGAGAUGCUGUGGCUCUGGGGAGAGCUGCCCCAGGCCGCAAAGUCAUCCUCUCCACACAAAAUUAAAGAAUCCAGCCCUCUGAUUAGCCGGAAGCCUUGUGACAAAAUCCACUUCAAGGCCAUCCACAGCGAGUCCUCAGAUGGCUUCAGUGACCAGUCGCCGACGCUGGGCCGUGGGCCGCUGGCCGAGCCGCGCAGGCCCCGGGCCGAAGUGCACUUUGUGAGCGAGGAAGACUUGGAGGCCCUGGGCGCCGCGGCCCCGCCCCUGCCCAUGUCUGCGCCCCGGGAGCUCAAGCCGCCCGCUGCCGGGGCCGUGCCCAGGGUGGACAAGCCCCAGUCCCCCUCCAGGAGGAAAGACAAGCGCAGUAGACAUCUGGGUGCCGACGGCGUCUACUUGGAUGACCUCACAGACAUGGAUCCAGAAGUGGCGGCCCUGUAUUUCCCCAAAAACGGAGACCCCUCGGGGCUGGGCAAACCCGCCGACAGCGGCACCCGGUCUGCCAGCCAGUCCCCGCAGUCCGUGGGCAGCUCGGGCGUGGACAGCGGCGUGGAGAGCACCUCGGACAGCCUGCGGGACCUGCCGUCCAUCGCCAUCUCCCUCUGCGGGGGCCUCAGCGACCACCGGGAGAUCACCAAAGAUGUGUUUUUGGAACAAGCCGUGUCCUAUCAGCAGUUUGUGGACAACCCCGCCAUCAUCGACGACCCCAAUCUCGUGGUCAAGAUCGGCAAUAAGUACUAUAACUGGACGACAGCAGCGCCCCUGCUGCUGGCUAUGCAGGCCUUCCAGAAACCUUUACCAAAGGCCACAGUGGAGUCCAUCAUGCGAGAUAAGAUGCCUAAAAAGGGAGGAAGAUGGUGGUUCUCCUGGAGGGGAAGAAAUACCACGAUUAAGGAGGAGAGUAAGCCGGAGCAGUGCUUGGUGGGGAAGGGCCACAGUACCGGAGAGCAGCCGUCACCGCUCGGCAUGGCCCCCAGAAUAAAGCACGAGUCAUCCUCCAGCGAUGAAGAGCAUGCAGCCGCCAAGCUGUCCAACAUGAGCCACCUCCCGCUGUUGUCCAAUGUCAGUUACAAGAAGACGCUGAGGCUUACGUCAGAGCAGCUGAAAAGCCUCAAGCUGAAGAACGGCCCCAAUGACGUGGUUUUCAGUGUCACCACGCAGUACCAAGGCACCUGCCGCUGUGAGGGCACCAUCUACCUGUGGGACUGGGACGACAAAGUCAUCAUCUCAGACAUUGACGGGACCAUCACAAGAUCGGAUACUCUGGGCCACAUUCUGCCCACACUUGGGAAGGAUUGGACCCAUCAGGGCAUUGCGAAGCUAUAUCAUAAAGUAAGCCAGAAUGGAUACAAGUUCCUCUACUGCUCUGCACGCGCCAUCGGGAUGGCAGACAUGACACGGGGCUACCUGCACUGGGUCAACGAGCGUGGCACGGUGCUGCCACAGGGGCCGCUGCUGCUCAGCCCCAGCAGCCUCUUCUCUGCUCUGCACAGAGAAGUGAUUGAAAAGAAACCAGAGAAGUUUAAAGUCCAGUGUUUGACAGACAUUAAGAACCUGUUUUUCCCAAAUACAGAACCGUUUUAUGCUGCUUUUGGAAACCGACCUGCGGACGUGUAUUCGUAUAAGCAAGUAGGAGUGUCUCUGAACAGAAUAUUCACUGUCAACCCCAAAGGAGAGCUGGUGCAGGAGCACGCCAAGACCAACAUCUCGUCGUACGUGCGGCUCUGUGAGGUGGUCGACCACGUCUUCCCUCUGCUGAGAAGAAGCCAUUCUUCAGACUUCCCCUGCUCCGACACCUUCAGCAACUUCACCUUCUGGCGGGAGCCGCCGCCGCCCUUCGAGAACCAGGACGUCCACUCGGCCUCGGCGUGAGGCCGCGCGCGGCUUCGGCCAUGCUCCGCCUCGCCU